AAAAAAUUCCAAUCUCUCAGUUCUUCCAUAAAAACAAUGACUUCAGAUCUUUAUUUACCUGACGAGUGUUGGGAAUGCAUCUUCAAAUUCCUCUUCAAAGACGGUGACGACGACGAUAACCGUUGCUCUUUCAAGUCUCUCUCCCUCGUCUCCAAGCAGUUUCUCUCUAUCUCCAACUGUCUCAAAUUCUCUCUCACUAUAUAUGAUCCAACACCACCUUUCCUUUGUGACUUAUUCCCUAGAUUCUCCAACCUCAACUCUCUCGACCUAAGGUGCUACUAUGGUGACCUCGACUCGCUUCUCUUUCAAAUCUCUCGCUUCCCUUUGAACCUCACAUCUCUCAAUUUCUCCGACCAAGAUAUCUUUCCCGCAGAUGGUUUGCGAGCUUUCAGCAAAAACAUUACUACUUUGACCUCUCUCACUUGUUACCACCUUGAAACCCUCAAUAGCACUCAUCUCUUUCUUAUUGCUGAUUGCUUCCCUUUGCUCGAAGAACUCGAUCUUAGUUAUCCUGUAAAGAUCAACUAUCGCAGUAACUUACUCGAUGGUUUAGAGGCUAUUUCAUUGUCACUUUUUAAACUCCGCAAGGUUGAUCUCUCUCGUCAUUGCUAUAUCAACGACCAAUCACUUUUCCACUUUAUAAACAACUGUAAGCUUCUCGAAGAAGUUAUUGUCAUUUUUUGUCCUAGAAUAACCAUUGCCUGCAUUGCUUCUGCUUACCGCAAGAGACCAAUAGUGACGGUAUCAUAUUCCAUUACCUCCGAACCAGACGACUAUGCAAUUGCAAUGUAA